AUGAUGGGACCCCCGCGGAAAAUGCCGUCCCGGUCUUCGGCGUCUAGAAUACUUAGCUCUGACAAGGCCGAGCGGAGCUCUAGCGCACCGCCUAGUUAGUUCUUAUGACUGUAUAAAGCUUCCCUAACUAACUUACGACUUGAGAUUGCUCAUUAGUCAAAACAUAACGAUUCGAAUAAUGCAUUCGACUUGCUUUUUUUAAUGUUGAAAUUAUUGCAGAAAGCUUUCAAAGAACUUGUUGUGGCCAGUCUAUGGAAACUCGACAACAACUUCCAAUAAAGCAGUUUGAUAUCCAAGAAAUUCUUUUUUAACUCCUUUUCCUUCAGAAAGAACGUUCGGAGCAUCAGAUUAACAUCUGGAAACAAAAAGCGUAUUGGAAAAUAUCGAUUGACAACUGGAAGAAUUGAACUGAGGUUUCAAAGAUUUUAUUUUCGAAAAAUUUUACAAUGAGGAAAAAAGGCAUGACCUUAUUAACACAGAAUUAAAGCCAGAAAGAUCUUGAUCCGAUAUCAUAGGCAAAGUCGGAAAGGGUUGAAAAAAGAUCCAUAGAAAUGUUUCUUUUAGGGUGACAAAGGCUCAUUUUUUGCUGUCUUUUUGCUCCAUUCAUCCGCUCUUUUGUGCACCACCCAUAACGGAGGCUCAAAGGGCCCGUAUAGUCUGUUCAGAUUUGAAUGUCAAGUCGUCGCUCAAGCUCCGCCCAUUAUGGUGCAAUGAACCAAUCAGGGCGAGCCAUCCACAGAGUGUUUUUGAAUGACGUCAUUGCACUUUACAUUAAAAAUCUGAACAGACUAUAAAGGGUCCUUCCGACUUUUCCUAUGAAGAUAUAUAAACAUUUAAAAAAAAAUGUGGUUGUUAGAAAGUCCUGCGCCAGACUCGGCUGUUUUAUUUAGUUUUUUUACAAAUUUUAAUAGCAACCGUGAUAAAUAAUCCAUCAUGAUUUGAGGCCGCAGACAUUCUGGCGACGGAAAAAAAUAAUUUAACUUCAAAAAGAAGCUAUUUUUUUGAUUCAAAUUUUGUAUUUAUAUCCUCUUUACUGCAUUUUAAAGUCUUUCAGUUUUGAAAAUUCAGUAAACCGCGUUGUCAAGAAAUCCGACAAUCAAAGUCGCACCAUCGUCUUCAAGUUCUUGGCGGACGGAGUUCGAUCAACUCCGAUGCCGGCUAAACAAUACCAGGUUCCAGCCCAAUGCUCUUAAAAGCAGCUGAGGGUUUUUUUUUCUGUGUUAUAUUGCAAAGAAGGAAAGAAAACAGUAAACUUUUAAUGGCUGAAAUCGCUUCUCACUUCUCUGACCGCUGCUUUGAAUUCCGCAGAAUCACUUCAAAAUGGGCAUGAAAAACUCCCAAAAUAAGAAAAAAAAACUCAGACACUGGGUAUAGAUGAUUCACGGCUGGCUUGAGCCAUCGAAAAAAGGGUCUUGACACGAUAAUGCACGAGAUAGAACCUGACUCGUGGAUAGCGCAUACAGGCCACGCCCUCCUAGCGUCCCAAGCCAGCCGUGAAUCGGCUAUAGCGCAAAACGGACGUGUCGGGGCGUUUCUAGGGAGCCCUUUAGUAGCGUCAGCAUUCUUAAGUGUCCCCUAGAGUUGCUAAUAAACAUCCGGAGCGCGUCCGUUUGGCGCUACCAAUGUACGAGAAGAUGCUCAGACCUUGGUAACGCGAACGGGACGCGAAUCGGACGUGUCGCGGCAUUUCUAGUGACCACUUUAGUAGCCUCAGCACUCUUAAGGGAUCCCUAGAAUCGCCCAGAAACGUCCGGAGCACGUCCGUUUCGCGUUACCCAUGUCCGAGUGGAAGAAAGAAAGAAAAAAGAUGGAAGAAAAAAAAAAAGAACGCUUUCGCGAAGCCUGAAAAAUGGUAACAACGAGAUAGCGAACUUCAAGUCUAAAACUUGGAUUUUGGUAUCUUUUGGGCAUUUACCCAAAAUUUUGAAUUCGCGCAUAAAAGCUGCCAUUUCUUUUUAGUAACCAAUUUCUCUAAGCUUAUAAGGGCUCCCGGAAAGUCUAUAUUAGGAAUCAUUGAAAAAUAUCAACUUUUAAAUCGCAUGAAAUUUUUGUUUUGGAGCAAUUUACUUGCGUUUCGAAGCAAUUUUUGUUUUGCCCGAUGAACACCACCCAGUUUUGUGGACUAUAUCGCAGCGAGAGUAACGCUAUACCGCGGGGGAGCCGCGAGCGAUACCGCUCGCCUCUCGCUGCGACCUCGCAAACGUCUUGCGCUAUAUCGCUCUCUGAAAAAUUUUUCUUCAAAAAAUUUUUUUUUCUUGAAUUUGAUUGAUUUUUCAAUUCUAUUUGUUUAUUUCAUCAUAAAAGUCAAAAAUAAAGCAAAAAAAUGUUUUUCAAAUUUCAAAUUUUUAAGAGAGAGCGAUAUGGUAGCGAGACUUUGACGAGGUCGCAGCGACAUGUUGACUAGAUCGCAGCGAGAAGCCUUGGCUAUAUCGCGUGCGGCCCGCUGCGAUAUCGGCAAUUAUGUUGGGUGACGCCAUUAAAAAAAGAACAUAUUUAAAAUACGCUCGACAGUUAAAUUUUUUUCUCCUUAAAGUAUCCUGCUUUUCUUUACGCCUGUGCCUUUAAUAGUUUAGUGGGCUUGUCAUUUUCCUUUCCCGGGAAGAUAUAAACUCAUUUUUUGCCGUUUUCCAAGUAUUUUUGCGAUAUUGAAAGUAUCUAUGACUUUUCAAAAUUUUAGUUAUCUUUUUUCAGUCUCGGACGGUUAUUUUGAAUUUCGUGGAAUCAAACACGGCAUUAGUUUCGAGCCUAAUUUUUUAAAAGUUGAAUUUGCCUUUGAACUAAAAAUUGAGUAUUAUUAAUUGAACACUUUUUUUGAAGAUGGGCUUUUUCUCGCGGUUAAGAGCACUUUUCUCAAGGAAACCGAGAAGAUCUGUAAGUUUCUCGUUCAUAUAUGAGGAAAGUUUUUGGUAUACAGACUAAAAGAGAUAGCUCUCCUUCGUAUAUUUCUUUUUCUUCAUUUUACGACGAGCCUCUCAGUAACAAGUCGUAUCUCGAUUUUCCUGACUCAUGCAACAGGUAAGCCUUUUUCAUUAUACGAAAAAUUUCUCUUCGAAAAUGGGAACUUCUGCUUUUUUUUCUGUCACAGAAUCACAUCUUUCUAUACGGAAUUAUUUUUUUCAGACAAAGAGUCAAUUUUCGAGCCCAGUUAUGCGCCCGGUUUCAGGAAUCUCCAUUCAAUGAGUAAGAGAAAAAGAACUGACAAUUUUGAAACCAUCAAUUUAGGAGAGAAGUAGAUGUUGUCAACUCUUCUGGCCGAAAUUUACAGUUGAAUUCGUUUAAUCGGGCAGGGGCAAAAUUAUUUCAAGUUUAACUUAUCUUUUUUGUAUAUUCGAUUUCCUAACUUCUUUUUUCCUUUUUAGCCCUCCUCUUGCUCUACGCCUCUUCGUCGUUCUAUCGGGCGGUCUUCCCUAUUUGCGACUCAAACCGACAGUGACUGCGAAGAGAACAGAAGCGAGAUUCAAAACAACGAUUCUGUUGUGAACUAUGACUCGGUUGGCCCCUCAAAAGACGUUUCACAGAUGUACAAUGUGCUCUAUGAAAUGAAAACACCCCGAGUACGUUUCAAGUUUUUAUGCUAAAAUUUAUAUGUGGAUUUUUUUUAUAGAUUCACCCUCGCGUAGAAUUUCUUCGGUUUUCUGAAAAUUCGUCGAGCUUUCUUCAGCCUUUUGAUUCGAGAUUUUUUUCUUUGGUGAGCCCGGUCGGAACAAAUUCGGAACUAAAUAGUCUUUUAGAGACAAGUUAACACUUUCGAGUCUGGAAAUCUUGCAAAACGCAGUUUGAAAAGCGCCGAUGACAUCAGUGAAAUCUGUUCGAAGCGAACAGUUUUUUCCUCCAUUUUUUGAAUAAAAAAAUAUUUUUUAAAGUCACUUCGGAGAAUUCGAUGGGCCGCUGAUGAAAAACCUGAACAAAAUUUGCGAGGAUUCCUUUCACGCACAUGA